AGGCCGGUCUUGAUUCUCUGGGCUCCGGCUUUGCGCAGAACCCACGACUAGGCUACCUUGGCUCGGAUCCUGCCCUGCUGGGCAGUUGCAUGAUCGCCAGUGUGGCCAUUCAGAUCCCACUGCUCAGUAUGAAGCCGGAGUUCCGAACGCUCUGCCAGCAACUGAAGUUGCAGGCACAAGUCUUCCCAUGUCAAGAGUUUGGAGUUCAGCCAGGGGUCUGGGAGGUGCAAAAUUCGAUCCGCUUGGGUUCCACUGAAGUGGAACAGGUGAAUGCAGUGAUCGAGGCCUGCUGCGCGCUGUUGGACCUGGAGGCGCGCCUGGAACGGGGUCAUUCCGAUGAUCUCACGCAGACGAUGAACCUGGACUUAGGCGUCCCCAAAGGUGCGCCAGCCGCCCCUGUUGGAGGGGUGCCUGGCACCGGGGAGGAAGAGUAUCCGGGAUUUCCGGCGGACCUGUGCCCAGCUGAGAUGCCGGAUCUUAGCAGACACAACAACGUCAUGGCAGAGAUCUUGAUGAAUGAUCCCAGCAUCUAUCAGCAGUUGAAGGAGCUGAGAACGCCCCUGGGAGUGUCUUUUGCCAGGUGCAUUAAGCCUGGCGUGGACACAGCGGGGCACAGCUUCUUCAAAAUGCUGGGGGCAUCUGCUGGAGAUGAACAUUGCUAUGACCUUUUUGGGCGCCUCUUUGAACCCAUCAUUGCAAGGCGGCAGCAGCAGCCCCCGAACUUGGCUCUGGCUGGACCGGUGGAAGCUGAGAACGUGGUGAGCGUACAGGUGUCUUUGGAACGUAACCUGUCCACCUUGCACUUCACACCCGCUAUGAGCCUCGAGGAGAGAUGGAAGGUUGAAGAAAUUCUCUGCAGUGCACUGGCUGAGUUGCCAGAGGAUUUCGCAGGGGAGUACUUCCGUCUCCGGGGAAAUCAGCAAAGUUCGGGCUCGAGGCUCCCAGAGCUGACCGAAGCGCAAGAAGCGGAGCUGUCCGCGGAGAAGUGGUUGUUUGAGGCCCCGGAUGCACCUUGGAUCCUGUCCACGGGACGUGCGCGGCACUGGCCGAAGGCCAGGGGCGUCUUCCUGAGCAAGAGUAAGGAGCUGGCAGCGUGGAUCAAUGACGAGAACCACUUGCGCUUGAUCGUACGCAGAGCAGCGGACUUGAAGGCGGCCGUGGAGCUUCUCUAUCGAGCAGAAGAGGCCCUGUCAUCAUCUUUGGCCAAACAGGGGCAUCACUUUGCUCGAAGCGAGCGCCUAGGCUUCCUGACCAGCUGUCCCAGUGAUCUAGGGGCAGCCUUCCGCGCGAAGCUGCGGAGUGCUCUGCCACUUCUGGGCUCGGAAAUCGGAUUUAGCAAAGUGACUCGAGCCCUGGGCGUGCAGGCCAAACGGGUUCUUCACUCCGAAGGGCACUGGGACGUGUCCUUGAGCUCCAGCUUAGUGUUGGAUCCCUCGGAGCAUUGCAGCGCACAGGUGAACCUGCUGCUCUUUGCCAUCCACGAACUCAGCGACAUGGAGAGGCGCUUGAGCUGUGGAGAGCAACUGGACCUCGCGUCUGAGGCAGAACGCUUCCAAGCCAGGUGAGUCUGAAAUGAUCGCACUGAGGAAUAGAAGUGCUGGGAAUAUCACGUUUAAGAUGAAA